UCCUGCCUAUGUUCAUCUCCUGCGCAUGCGCGAAGCCCAUUCUCAAGACGCACUGGCUGACGGGAUAUUUCCCCUCUCGGAAACGUGGUAGGAUCUUCCGGAGUGUGAGUGUGUGAGAUCGAGCAGGAGAAUCGCAGCGCGGGCGCCAUGAGACCAGGAUUCAGCCCCAGAGGAGGCCGAGGAGGUUUUGGAGACAGAGGAGGUUUUGGGGGCCGAGGUGGAUUUGGAGACCGAGGUGGAUUUCGAGGCGGCUCUAGAGGAGGAUUUGGUGGGCGUGGCCGUGGAGGUGAUCGCGGGGGUCGAGGAGGAUUCAGAGGUGGAUUCAGUUCUCCAGGGAGAGGCGGCCCCCGAGGAGGAGGAAGAGGAGGAUUUGGAGGAGGAAGAGGAGGAUUUGGAGCAGGAAGGAAAGUGAUAGUAGAGCCUCACAGACAUGAAGGAAUCUUCAUCUGCCGAGGGAAGGAAGACGCUCUGGUGACCAAAAACCUUGUUCCUGGGGAGUCUGUGUAUGGGGAGAAAAGGAUCUCAGUGGAGGACGGGGAAGUGAAGACGGAAUACAGAGCCUGGAAUCCUUUCAGGUCCAAGAUUGCGGCGGCCAUUCUGGGAGGAGUCGAUCAGAUUCACAUUAAGCCGGGAGUUAAAGUUCUGUAUCUGGGGGCGGCGUCAGGAACCACCGUCUCUCACGUCUCUGAUGUCGUGGGACCUGAGGGGCUGGUGUACGCCGUCGAGUUCUCCCACAGAUCCGGCCGCGAUCUCAUAAACGUGGCGAAGAAACGGACGAAUAUCAUUCCGGUGAUUGAAGACGCCCGGCACCCCCACAAGUACCGCAUGUUAGUGGGAAUGGUGGACGUGGUCUUUGCAGACGUGGCUCAACCUGAUCAGACCAGGAUCGUCGCCCUCAACGCCCAUAACUUCCUAAAGAACGGAGGCCACUUUGUCAUAUCCAUCAAGGCAAACUGCAUUGACUCCACGGCAGCCCCAGAGGCAGUUUUUGCUGCGGAAGUGAAGAAGAUGCAACAAGAGAACAUGAAGCCGCAGGAGCAGCUGACGCUGGAGCCGUACGAGAGAGAUCACGCCGUGGUGGUCGGGAUUUACAGGCCGCCGCCCAAACAGAAGAAAUGAUGAGAAGGAGCAGGAUGAAGAUUUGUUUUAAAGGACUUUUAUUAUACGAGAACUUUCCCAGCCAGAGACUGACGUGAAUGGGUUAAUGACGCCGGGAUUUAACCAUUGCAAUGUACAGCAACUCUGUGGCCUUUUAGAAUGGAGGAGGGGGCGGGACUUGUGGCCCCUCAGCUGUCGUGAGCUGAAACUGCUGGGAGUUGCCGGGAGUUGCAGCUCAUCUCAGCUGGGGGGGGCCUUCAAGUUGUUGUUUCUGCUCUACGUGAGGCCACAGACCAUUAUUUUAUAGAUUUUUUUUUUUUUUAUUAUAUUCAACGAUUAACCACCAUAUUAAGAUGCCCGCCCCUCUUUCAUUGGCCACUCCCCCUGCGCCGUAUAAUGGCGUCUCCAUAACAACGUACCAGUUAUCCCUGCACCCGGGGGGAGGGGCAGAUUCUAUGGGAAGUGCAGACAAAGAUCUUUUAUGUUUUUUAAGAAAGAAAAACUUGAAAAUGAACCAGAAAAAAGAGAUGGAAAUUCUUUAUUUUAAUUAAAGCGACAGUGUGUGAAACGA